AUGGGUCAGGCAAGCCUGGAGAUGGCAACCUUGGCUGCCCUGCUGACGAUCCUGCAGCGGCGCCGCUACAAGGCGGUCGCCCUCGGCUAUCGUGGCAUGAGCGGUGCGCUCCGGGUGGUGGAGGUCGAGCUCGAACCAGGCCUCACCUUCAAAUCCUUGGUGGCAACUGUAACGGGCUUGCUCGCCAGUGGCGAGAGCAGCACAGAAGCACCCGAGGUCACCCUCUCUUUCGGGGCCUCGACCGAAGUGCGCGAAGUGGGCCUGGGCGAGUGGAUCGCCAGCCUGGAGGGGACAAGCUUGGUGCUCAAGGGGCCAACAGUGGAAGAGGAGGAGUCCUUCAAGGCCUGCUUCGAGGCCUUUGCCAAAGACCCCAACCAGAACCUCUUCGAGGUCAGCUUUGUGCCCAGGAGCGCUGCUGAGGCCGUCAAGCGCUGGGGCUCUGCCACCAAGUCCUUCAGCGACCUCCGUGAGACCCAGGGCUUACGCUGCAUCCACGAGAUCGUGUACGAACGACACCGCAACGGAACCGCAGUAGCAGUGCAGGGAGCUGGUUUCAAGAUCACUUAUGCAGAGCUGCACCAGCGAGCGGCGGCCGUUUGCCGGGCCGUGCGGGAGCACCGGGGUGCUGCUUUAAUGUGCAUGGGUCGCGGCGAGGCUAUAGGACCCACAUUCCUUGGCAUCCUGCAAUCGGGCUUUCCGAUGGUGCCUGUGGAUGUAGCCUGGCCACAGGAGCGCAUGAAGCAGUCCGCACUGGAUGCAGAUGUUGCAGCGGCCUUGGUGGAGCCCUCCUCACUAGCUUUGCUUCCUGAGCUGCCUUGCCCCACUCUUGUGGUGGACGGAACCUUCUAUGCCAAGUACGCCGCAGAGCCGGACUUGUGCAAGGCUCAUGAGGGAGACACGGCUCUGAUGCUCUUCACCAGUGGCUCCACCGGAAAGCCCAAGGGCAUCGUGCUCUCCCAUGGCUACGUCACCGCGCUGGUGGCGGGCAUCGCAGAGUCCAAGAGCAUGUCUCCGGCUACAAAGACUCUGUGCUACCACUCCCCGACUUGGAUGCCCUUCUUGGACAACCUCUUUAGUCCCUUGGUGUCUGGAGGCACUUGCCUCUUUUUCCCAGAGAGCGAGAAGCACAUAGUGCUGCCCUCGGAACUCAACCAGUUCGCCAAGGAACAUGGAGCUACACAUGGGGGAUUCGUACCGGCAGUGCUCGACCUUUUCGCGGAGGAGGGCCUGCCGCUGAGCCUCUGUCACAUCGGAGUCGGUGGUGCGGCGGUCCCAUCGGAGCUUUGCGAGCGAGUGGUGCAGAUGCUUCCUGAGGCCUCCGGUGGUGCGCCUGGCAUCCUCUACACGG